UUGGGUCGGAAUUUUAAACAUUUCGGCCUCGCCCAAAUGUUUUGUUCCUCAGCGUCGGACUUACGGCUCCAAGAUUGCUCAAGAACGCCCGCCGGUCCCCUUCCGUAACCGUCAACCUCCCUCGCCCGCCCUCCGUCCUCUCCAAACCCGCGCUUCUUCCCCUGGGGUUUCGCAGGCACCUCGCAUCCGAUCCCGUCGCCAUGGACGCCGCCGCCGGCGGCCACCUCUUCGCCGUCGAACCGUUCCAGUGGGACGCCUCCAAGGGCCACGGCGUCAUCACCUCCAUGGCCGCAGGCAACGACGUCACCCUCCUCGGCACCAGCAAAGGCUGGAUCAUCCGCAACGACUUCGGCGUCGGAGACUCCGUUGAUCUCGACUUCUCCGGCGGCCGGGCCGGCGACCACCCGGUGCACCGGGUCUUCGUGGACCCCGGCGGGAGCCACUGCCUCGCCGCCAUUCUCCACCCUGGCGGCGCCGAGACGUACUACACGCACGCGAAGUGGGCGCGAUCUAGGGUUUUGACCCGGAUUGUUUUGAGCCGGCUGAAGGGCCUCGUUGUGAAUGCCGUGGCCUGGAAUCGGCAGCAGAUCACUGAAGCUUCAACGAAGGAAGUGAUUCUGGGAACGGAGAACGGGCAGAUUUACGAGAUGGCAGUUGAUGAGGCGGACAAGAAGGAGAAGUAUGUGAAGUUGCUGUUUGAGCUGACCGAGCUCCCAGAGGCCAUCAUGGGCUUGCAGAUGGAAACAGCUAUAGUAGGUAAUGCUACGAGGUAUUAUGUGAUGGCUGUUACGCCGACUCGAUUAUACUCCUUCACUGGCAUUGGUUCUUUGGAGAGUGUUUUUGCCAGUUACUCGGAUCGUGCAGUGCAUUUUAUGGAGCUUCCAGGAGAAAUACCUAAUAGUGAACUACAUUUCUUUAUCAAGCAAAGAAGGGCCAAACACUUUGCUUGGCUUUCUGGGGCCGGAAUUUAUCACGGUGACUUAAAUUUUGGAGCACAACACAGUUCAACCAGUGGAGAUGAAAACUUUGUGGAAAACAAGGGCCUCUUAGACUAUUCAAAGUUGGGUGAAAGUGGUGAUGCUAUUAAGCCAAAAUCUUUUGCGGUUUCUGAAUUCCAUUUUUUGCUUCUAAUCGGUAAUGAGGUUAAGGUAGUCAACAGAAUCAGUCAACAAAUUGUGGAGGAACUUGAGUUUGAUCAUGCACCAGAAUCUUCAAAAGCAAUCAUUGGUUUGUGCAGUGAUGCCACUGCUGGAUUGUUUUAUGCAUAUGACGAAAAUUCGAUAUUCCAGGUGUCAGUGAAUGAUGAGGGCCGGGACAUGUGGCAAGUGUACCUAGACAUGAAAGAAUAUGCAGCUGCUUUAGCUCAUUGUGAUGAGGAUAAGCCAUUCCAGAAAGACAAAGUAUAUUUAGUACAGGCUGAAGCUGCUUUUUCUGCAAAAGAUUUUGAGAGAGCAGCAUCCUUGUAUGCAAAGAUAAACUAUAUGGUGUCAUUUGAGGAGAUCAGCUUAAAGUUUAUUGCUAUAGGUGAGCAGGACGCUCUGAGGACUUUCUUAACACGGAAACUUGAUAGUCUUUAUAGUACUAAAAAGGAAGAUAAGUGCCAAAUUACAAUGAUCUCCACAUGGGCUACUGAGCUAUACUUGGACAAGAUCAAUCGUCUGUUAUUGGAAGAUGACACGGGCAUGGUUGCUAAUGUAGUAUCCGAAGCCAAUAGGUCAGAAUACCAGUCUAUUGUGAAGGAAUUCCGAGCUUUUCUUAGUGACUGGAAGGAUGUAUUGGAUGAGGCAACCACAAUGAGAUUGUUAGAGAGUUAUGGUAGAGUCGAUGAGCUAGUCUACUUUGCUGGUCUAAAGGAGCAAUAUGAAAUUGUGGUUCACCAUUACAUUCAGCAAGGAGAAACAAAGAAAGCUUUGGAGGUACUUCAGAGACCUAAUGUCCCGAUAGAUCUUCAGUAUAAAUUUGCUCCUGAUCUGAUAAUGCUUGAUGCUUAUGAGACUGUUGAAUCUUGGAUGGCUACAAGCAAGCUUAACCCAAGAAAACUAAUACCGGCAAUGAUGCGCUAUACAAGUGAACCACAUGCCAAGAAUGAAACACAUGAAGUCAUCAAGUAUUUGGAAUUCUGUGUCCGUCAUUUGCAUAAUGAGGAUCCUGGAGUGCACAAUUUGUUGCUUUCCUUGUACGCCAAGCAGGAAGAUGAGAGUUCUCUAUUGCGUUUUUUACAAUGCAAGUUUGGUAAAGGACGAACUAGUGGCCCUGAGUUCUUUUAUGAUCCCAAAUAUGCAUUGCGACUGUGCCUCAAGGAAAAACGUAUGCGUGCUUGUGUUCAUAUAUACAGCAUGAUGUCCAUGCAUGAAGAAGCUGUCGCCCUUGCAUUGCAGGUAGACCCAGAACUUGCUAUGGCGGAAGCAGACAAGGUUGAAGAUGAUGAGGAUCUAAGGAAGAAGCUAUGGCUUAUGGUGGCAAAGCAUGUAAUUGAGCAAGAAAAAGGAGUUAAAAGGGAGAAUAUAAGGAAGGCAAUAGCAUUUCUCAAGGAAACUGAUGGCCUGCUGAAGAUUGAGGACAUUUUGCCAUUCUUUCCAGACUUUGCACUGAUUGAUGACUUCAAAGAAGCUAUCUGCACAUCCUUGGAGGACUACAACAGGCAGAUCGAGCAACUGAAACAGGAGAUGAACGAUGCUACACAUGGGGCUGACAACAUAAGGAAUGAUAUCAGUGCCCUUGCUCAAAGAUUUGCUGUUAUUGAUCGUGAUGCAGAAUGCGGGGGUUGCAAACGCAGAAUAUUAACAUCUGGUGCAACACAACGAUUAGCAAGAGGUUAUACAUCAGUUGGACCUAUGGCCCCAUUUUAUGUCUUUCCUUGUGGGCAUACCUUUCAUGCUCGAUGUCUGAUUGCUCAUGUUACUCAAUACACAAGCCAGACUCAGGUUGAAUAUAUACUGGACCUUCAGAAGCAGCUCAGUUUACUUGGGGAUAAAGCAACAAAGGAAUCAAAUGGCAGUGCAAAUGGUGAAUCCAUCACGAGCACGACGCCUAUAGAUAAGCUGCGGUCACAGCUGGAUGAUGCUAUAGCCAGUGAGUGCCCAUUCUGUGGGGACCUAAUGAUCCGGGAGAUCUCAUUGCCUUUCAUCCUGCCUGAAGAGGCUGAUCAAAUGGCUUCGUGGGAGAUCAAGCCUCAGGUUGCAACUCAAAAAAUUCUGCCAAUGACCAUAUGAUCUUUGGAUUUGGACUGCAGUAUCAAUAUUUUAAACUGUACGGCUAACCAUUUUCUCAGUAGGCAUGUAAACUCAUGUUCUUGUAUGUGCAACUAAUUGGAUGUACAUUUUGGUUUGGUCAUAUUCUUUCUCAGUUUUCCAUAUUACCAGGCAUCUUUUGAGAUCUUUUGAAAUCAAACGUUUCUAUGGUUAGCAGAA